ACAUCUCCAUCUUUUACUCCUCAAAAUAUUCACUAAUGAAGAAUAUCGCCGCCGAAGAAGGAAUUAACCAUGCCCUAUUACAAUCGCCACCGUCUACGGUGGCCGGUGACGCCAAAUCGAAAUUCUGGAUUGAAUCAAAGAAGCUUUGGUACAUAGUUGGUCCAUCCAUCUUCAGCCGUAUCGCCUCCUUCACCAUGAACGUCGUCACCCAAGCCUUCGCCGGCCACCUCGGUGACAUUGAACUCGCCGCCAUCACCAUCUCCACCAGCGUCAUCGUCGGCUUCAAUUUCGGCCUCCUUCUUGGAAUGGCGAGUGCAUUGGAGACGUUGUGCGGGCAAGCGUUUGGAGCAAAAAGGUACAACAUGAUCGGAAUAUAUAUGCAAAGGUCGUGGAUCGUUCUAUUCAUAUGUUGUCUCAUAACAUUGCCACUAUACAUAUUCGCCACCCCGAUCCUAAAAGCAUUAGGUCAACCCGACGACAUUGCUGAGCUAUCCGGGAAAGCCUCACUGUGGUUGAUCCCGCAACACUUUACCUUUGCGUUAUUGUUCCCAAUGCAACGGUUUUUGCAAAGCCAGCUCAAGACUCCGGUGCUGGCAUGGGUUUCGUUGGUGAAUCUCGUGAUUCAUGUGUUGAUUACUUGGCUCUUUACGUCUGUUUUUAAGUUUGGGCUUGUGGGGACGGUGGUGGCUUUGGAUAUUUCGUGGUGGUUGAAUGUCGUUGGGUUGUUUGUGUAUACUCUUUUUGGAGGGUGCCCUCUGACAUGGAACGGUUUCUCGAUGGAAGCAUUUUCGGGGUUGUGGGAGUUCGUCAAACUUUCGGCCGCAUCCGGCGUCAUGCUUUGUUUGGAAAACUGGUAUUAUCGAAUACUGAUACUAAUGACUGCAUUGGUGAAGAAUGCCACCAUUGCUGUUGAUGCGGUGUCGAUUUGUAUGAAUAUUAAUGGUUGGGAAAUGAUGAUCCCUCUCGCCUUUUUUGCCGGGAUCGGGGUAAGAGUAUCUAAUGAGCUUGGCGCUGGUAAUGGGGAGAAGGCAAAGUAUGCAACUGUCGUGGCAAUAUUGCAUUCAACUGCUAUCGGGCUCGUAUUUUGUGUAUUGAUAAUGGCAUUGCAUAACAAGUUCGCUCUCAUAUUCUCGUCGAGCACGCUUGUUCUUGAAGCGGUUGAUCAUAUGGCUUGGCUCUUGGCCGUCACCAUCCUUCUCAACAGUAUCCAACCAGUAAUCUCAGGGGUUGCGGUGGGGUCGGGAUGGCAAUCAUGGGUUGCGUAUAUUAAUUUGGGCUCAUAUUAUUUGGUUGGUGUACCUCUGGGAAUUGUCUUCGGUUUGGUUUUACAUCUUGGCGUCGAGGGAAUAUGGGGAGGAAUGGUAUUUGGUGGAACCUUGUUACAAACGAUCAUAUUAGGGAUAAUCACUCUUCGAUGCGAUUGGGAGAAAGAGGCUCGGAAAGCAGUAUUAAAAUAUUCGAAUCUAAAAUAGUUCGGAUUCCUGAAGGUUAAUUUGGUUAUCAACUUAAUGGUCCGAGGAAUGCGCAAGCUGCUGGUUGGGUCGGACAUUUGCAAUUAUCAAAUCUCCAAGUUCAAGUUCUUAAUUGAUCAAGAUUUUAACAUUUCUUAUCAUCUCAUAAAGAUUUUGUAAUAAUUGCAUUUGGGUUUUUAGGUUGUAUUGAUACGAUUUAUAUGAGAUUCAGUUUCUUAGC